GGUUUUAGGUGUACUUUGUUUGUAUAACUGUUAGUAAUACUAUUAACUAAACUACAAAACACACCUUCCACCUCUUCUCCGAUGUCCUAACGUUCAUAUACCGCCGCUCCCAUCUCUCUCACAUUUCAUUUCACUAUCUUUCAUUUUCUUUUAUUUUUAUUAUUAUUAUUUUUUUAUCUUUCUUUAAAUAUAAAUAUAAAUUAUAAUCACCACCACCACCGAAUACUCACUCAUUCGUUCACGUGCGAAGCCAUUCAUUCCUCCUCCUCCAUGACAAUGGCCGUCGAUUCCUCCUCUUUUCAGAAAGAACAUCAAAUUCAGGAGUUUCAAGAGGGGAAUGGAAACGUACCUGUGUGUUUGAAGUUAAAUAAACAACCAAAUGUUGAUGAUCUUAACGCAAAGCUUCCUCUAGAUAUACCGCCAAUUCUAGUUGAAGAAACUUCACUUCCAAGAGGAUUGCACGGUUCACAGGCUCAAGAUGUUUAUAGUAUUUCAAUGGUACCAAAGGAAGGUGAAAAUGCAAGAAGUGCUUCACCACUAGCUUUUCUAAGCGUUGUAGAGGUUCCUAAUCAAGCUAAAAGCGGAGUGUGCUUAGACACUCAUAUAAAUUGCCAAAACAGCAUUGAUUUUCAAAUGAAUAGAAAAGAUAUUUAUGCCCAGUGCAUAGUUGAUAUACCUAAUGUGAAUGGAAACUCAGUUUCACCUGAAUCCUAUGAUGAUGGAGUUGAAAGUUUUAAAACUGGGAACUCACCAAAGAGCGUACUGUGGAGAGAAUCAAGUCUAAAAGCAGGGGCAAAACUUAUGCAGAGUCUAGUGAACCUUGGCAGCCCAAGAGAUAAGCCAGUCACUGAAAAGUUACAUGAUUUGCCGAGUAACAAAUGGAGAAGAUAUAAGCGCUCUACCUCAUUCGAUUCCAGAAAAGUUGCUCUUCUGUUUUCAAUAUUGUCAAGUCUGGGAACAUUGGUAUUGAUAUAUCUGACAUUGAGGGUCAGGCAGAAGGCUGAUGUGUUUGUUCUUAGUUAAAGGCUCAAUCUUCGCCGGCCGCCUGUUUAAGUGUACACUUCUAAGUUUCUAUGGUUUUUAAUUUUAACGUAUCUUUUGAAUUGUAAUAGAGCUCCUUGUGACGUUGAAGAUAGAAUUUGGGAAAUGCUAUUUGGCACAAAAAUGUAGAUUACUUUUAUCCUAAAGCCCCCUCUGUUUCUUGUUUCAAUUUUUUAGAAUACUAAUAAAGUAUUAAUUAUCA